ACUAUGCGAAAUCAAAUACGCAAAAAUUGCAUUUUCUUUCCGAAAUAUCUACUCAGAUGCUUGGGCAUCAAUUUUUACGAAAACGAGUCUGUUUCUUAUAAAAUUUAUUCCUUUAUAGCUAUUAUUUUAAUUGUUUCCUAUCCGUGGAAUUCCCUUCACUCGAUUUACCACCAUUUGGACAACUUCGACCUGAUGAUAAAUGGAUGUUUUAAUAUGUUUGGUGCUGUUUCAGCCACUUUUAAAGCGUUAACUAUGUUGUACCAUAGGGGUAUAUUUCGAAAGGUAUUGAGAACGAUUGCGGAUGCUCAAGAAGAACAGAAUGUGUACAGGACAACUCAAGGAUAUAUCUACAGAUUAAAUAAAAUAGUCAUUUGUGGAUCUCUUUGCUACUACCUUUUUCUUGGACUCCUCUACAUGAUAUCAUUGUACGGAAGAUUAACUUUACCAUGCGAAGAAUGGAGAACACCGAUUUUAGAUGUCACCCUGCUGAAUAUAACGUACAGCCCCAACUAUGAGGUUGCUUACGUUUACGAAGUGCUGUCGGUAUACUUAGUAUCCUCAAUUGUUUGUUUUUCAAACGUACUAAUUACCACAAUUUUGAUUGAUAUGACUGUACAGUUCAAGUUAUUUCGAAAUUGCAUACGAAACAAUUUUAAAUCUUUGAAUGACCAAAAUAAAAGUUGGACCAUUUUACAAAGAUUUCUUAAGGACAUCGUCGAACGCCAUUUAUCUCUAAUCGACCUUAUGCAACAAAUCGAAAUGGCUUGCUCAAAACUUGUACUCAUUGAUGUCCUGGCAAAUCUAUUGAUUAUCUGUUUCUCGUGUUACUACGCCUCUGUGCUCCCAUUAUUUGACAGUAAAGCAUUUCAAGCGUAUUUUGAAGUUGUGGUUGUCUCGCUGUCUCAAUUUUCCAUGUCGUAUUUUGGGACACAACUGAGCGUUGCAUCACAGUCAAUUGCUGAUACUUGCUAUGAGUUGGAUUUUAUUGGAACCGACAUCCGAUUUCAGAAAGGUUUGCUGAUAGUGAUGCGAAGAUCUGUGAAGCCGCUGUAUAUUACCGUUGGAGGAUUUUCGAUGCUUUCCAUCACUGUUUUCGUUAUGAUAAUGAAGAACUCGUAUUCGUUUCUCAUGGUGCUACGUAGUACUAACAACCUCGCUUAAGGUGACCAUGGAAUAGAGGACUUAAUUAUUUAGCUUGUCACUGAUUGGUGUCCUUACGUAGUGAAGUGGCAUGACACCAUCAGCGACUAAUACGCAAAUAUAUAGUUAUAAUCACUAAGUCCCAAGAAGUAAGUGGAUAGCUCCGCCUGCUCGUCUUUGUACCCAUCACAAUUAUGUUCAAGUUCCUUCAUAAAUCUUAAUAGAUACCUGCUGAGUUAACA